AAUUUCUGACAAUGGAAAGUUCUCUGGACACUAGCCAGGCAUACAAAAUUAAAAACAUCGGCAUCAAUGGCUAUCUGGAUACCUAUGAUGGAUACGAUAGAGCAGAUAACAGCGAUUGGCACUACGGAGGCAGAGUCCAAAUCGGCAAUAUUGAUGUUGGAGGGCAUAGUAAAGCAGUAGUGAACCAAAUAUGGCAAUUGAUUGACCAUGGAGAUAAUAAGUGGAAGAUUCAAAAUAUUGGCAAUGGAGGUUAUCUCGACACAUAUGGUGGAUAUGAUAGAGACCCUGGAAAUGAUGAUUGGCAUUAUAAUGGAAGAGUUCAAAUAGGCUAUGAUAAUGUUAGUCCUCAUAACCAAUGAGGGUUUAAUAAUCAAACUUGGAAAUUUAUUGACCAAGGAGAUAACAUAUACAAGUUAGAAAGCUGUAUGGGAGGUUAUUUAGAUACUUAUGGGGGUUAUGAUAAAGAUCCUGAAGUACAUAACCACUCGCAUCAUGGAGGUAGGGUUCAAAUAGGAAAAGACGAUUGUACCCCAGAUAAUGAAGGAGGAUAUGCUAAUCAGACCUGGAGACUCAUAUUAUGUGGAGCAGUUGAAGAUUAUUCGUCCAGAGUAAAUUCGACAAAAUGGGUGAGGGCUGAACCUGGUGAUGUUAAAAAGAAAAGUUAA